AUGGUGCACUGCAGCUCGGCCUCGAGAGCCGGCACCUGGCUAGCCGCCUGGCUGGUCUGCGCCUGGCUGGCGUGCGCCUCCGGCAAGCCGGGGGCUGGCCUGCGGACGUGGGCGCGCUUCAGCAAGCUGCCCUACCCGGGAGACAAGGCCUUCCUGUACGGCACCUUCCCUCCGGGCUUCAUGUGGGCGGUGGGCACGGCCGCUUACCAGGUGGAGGGCGCCUUCGACAAGGAUGGCAAAGGCCCGUCCAUCUGGGACACGUUCACGCGGGAUGGCAACCGCAGGGCCACGGGUGACGUGGGCAGCGACAGCUACCACAACACGGCAGCAGACAUGCGCGCCAUCCGCCAGCUGGGCGUCAGCCACUACCGCUUCUCGCUGUCGUGGCCACGACUCUUCCCCAACGGUACCCACGGGAGCCUGAAUCAAGCGGGCGUGCGCUACUACCGCGGCCUGCUGACCCGGCUCAAAGAGGCCCGUGUGGAGCCCGUGGUGACGCUGUACCACUGGGACCUGCCCGAGGCGCUGCAGCAGCGGUUGGGUGGCUGGAGCAACCCAGACAUGGUGGAGGUGUUCCGGGACUACGCCGACUUCUGCUUCCGGACAUUCGGCCACGAUGUGCGCUGGUGGAUCACCAUCGACAACCCUUUUGUGGUGGCCCGACAUGGCUAUGGGACCGGGGUGGUGGCCCCGGGCGUCAAGGGCGACCCCGACCUGCCCUUCAAGGUUGGCCACGUGCUCUUACAGGCUCACGCGGCGGCCUGGCACACGUACGACCGCGACUACCGGCGGCGGCAAGGCGGGCGCGUGUCCAUGGCGCUGGCGUCCCACUGGGUACGCCCGAGGCGGACACGCGUGGAGAGCCUGCGCGAGUGCCAGUGCUCUCUGGAGCACGUGCUGGGCUGGUUCGCCGGGCCACUGUUUGGUGACGGCGACUACCCGGCCUGCAUGAAGGCCCGCCUGGGCCACCGGCUGCCUGCCCUGGGCGAGGAGGAGCGCCGUCAGCUGCAGGGCACCGCAGACUUCUUCGCACUUUCUCACGGCGCCACCCUCAGCUUCCAGCUCGUCAAUGACAGUCUCAAGUUUGGCCAAAGGGAGGACUUGGACCUGCGCAUGCUCCUCUACUGGGUCAGCGCCGAGUACGACUGGCCCGACAUCUUCGUGGUGCAGAGUGGCUGGUAUGUGUCGAGCAGCACCAAAACUCAGGAUCCCAAGCACAUGUAUUACUUGAAGAGGUUCAUCGCUGAAGCUCUAAAAUCCAUCGCAGUGGAUGGCGUCAAGGUACUGGGCUACACAGCGUGGUCCCUGAUGGACGGCUUUGAGUGGCACCGUGAGUGCGGCAUCCGGCGGGGACUUUACUACGUGGACUUCAACACGCCCGACAUGAAGAGAGAGCCGAAGAUUUCGGCUACCUUCUACAAAAACGUGAUCCAGAGAAACGGCUUUCCGGAGCUUCCAGAGAACCGUCCUGCUCAAGGAGUUUUCCCGUGUGACUUUGCUUGGGGGGUCUCCGCCAAUUCCAUCCAGGUGGAAAGCUCUCCCAGUCAGUUUGCGGACCCCAAUGUGUACGUGUGGAACAAGGCCAAUGGUGAGCUGACCCAACUGGAAGGCUUGCUGGCGCUACCCGCACAGCGCGACGCACACUGCGCCGCCUACAUUAGCAUCAGACAGCAGGUGGCUGAAAUCCAGGCGGUGGGCGUGAGCCACUUCCACUUCUCCCUCAACUGGUCAGCGCUGGUGCCGACAGGCGACGCGGCACGGCCCAACGCCACCCUGCUGGCUUACUACCGCUGCUUCAGCCACCAGCUGCUGUGUGCCAAUGUCACGCCCGUGGUCACCCUGUGGCACCACACGCGUCAAGGCAGCAGCCUGCCGCCGCCACUCGGGUGGCUCAACAGGGAGACCCCGCAGCGUUUCACCGAGUACGCCCGUCUGUGCUUCCGCGAGCUGGGUGAGCAUGUGAAGAUGUGGAUCACGCUCAACGAGCCCAACGAUGAGACGGUGAGCUACCAGGAAGCUCAUCGGAUGCUGCUCGCCCAUGCACUUGCUUGGCGCGCCUAUGACCAAGACUUCAGGCCCGUCCAGGGGGGUCAGGUCUCUCUGGCCCUGCACAUGGACUGGGUGGAGCCGGCUUUCUCCUACAGCCGCGAGGACGUGGAACCGGCCAAGAGGGUUAUGGACUUCCGAGUGGGGUGGUUCGCCGAGCCAAUCUUGGGCAGCGGAGACUAUCCUCCUGGAAUGAGAAGCUGGCUGCGUCAACUCAACUCACUUGAACUCCCGGUGUUCAAUGACGACGAUCGGCAGCUAGUGAAGGGCACGUACGACUUCUUUGCCAUCAGCCACUUCAGCGCCGAACUGGUGACGCGCGCCAAGGAGGACCCGUACACGUACACUUCGGAGUUGGAGGUGCAGCACAUGGUGGACACCACGUGGAUCAAGUCGCCCCGGCCCGUGGUUCCGUGGGGCCUGAGGAAGGCACUCAAUUGGGUCAAGGAGCACUACCCACACGUGGGCAUCUACGUGAUGGCCAACGGCGUGCAGGAGGACACGGCCCGCUUCAAGGACAGCCUGAGGGUCUUCUACCUGUACAACUACAUCAACGAAGCACUCAAAGCGAUCACCUUGGACGGGGUGAAUCUGAAGGGCUACUUUGCAUACGCCCUGAAUGACCAGCGCGACCCGGGCUUCGGUCUGUACGGCUAUGUGCAUGGAGAGGCGCUGGCCAAGGCGUCGCUGGCCAACUACCGCAACAUAAUCCGCCAUCACGGUUUCCCCGCGCAGGGGGCUCCCGCGCAGAGAUGCCCCCGCGCCGCCCGACGCUGCGCUGCCUGUCGGGCUCUGGCCAAGCGACCCGUGGUGGGCUUCCUGACUCUGGUAGGCUCGGCCGCGCUCGUCGCCUUGGCUCUCAUCGUCUACUACGCCUACAGGAGGCGCUAAGGUGCUUACUGUCAGCCUUGUAUGGAGGAGUGCUCGCUUGUGUGACUUUUUCUAAUUUAUCGGGACCCAAAGUUUAUUGCAGUAAUCUUGUGCACUUGUGUGUCGUUGCGCUUGGAU